AUGGCUCGAAGAGUGCGAAGUCGACGAGCGCAGCUUGCGCUGUUGGCCUUGGUGGCAGCCGUUGCCAGUUGGCAAUCGAGUUUCGUUCUCGGAGGCAAGCCGACCCUGCGCACUGCCCGCGAGCCGAACGUGUCGAGGAAGGCCGCAAAGAAGAUCUCCUUUAGGGAGGCUGGCCAGCAGAAGCUUCAAGCGGGCAUCAAUGCUGUGACCAAUGCGGUCAAGGUAACCCUCGGACCCAAGGGCAGAAACGUGGUGCUCCAGAGAGAGUCCUUCCAGGUUCCGCAGAUCGUCAACGAUGGCGUUACCAUUGCUCGUGCCAUCUCGCUUCAGGACAAAGAAAUGAACCUUGGUGUCAAGCUCCUGACGCAGGCCUCCGCCAAGUCAGAGUCCAAUGCUGGGGAUGGCACGACCAGCGCUGCCGUGCUGACCCAGGAGAUGGUCAACGAGGGCAUGCAGCUCGUGAGUAGCGGCUACAACCCGGUCCUCAUGCAGAAGGGAAUGAAGGCAGCGGCUGGCUUCAUCGCUUCGGAGGUCGAGCAACUGGCAAAGCCAGUGAAGAGUGGCGACCUCAAAGACAUCGCAACUGUCUCGGUUGGCGGUGAUGAGGGCAUGGGGUCGAAGAUCUCCCAGGCUUUCGAAAGAGUGGGUGACACGGGCAAUGUUGUGAUCGAGGAGUCUCAGGUGCUGGAAGACGAGGUGGAGGUGAGCGAGGGCCUGACCCUCGACCGAGGCUACAUCUCGCCCUACUUCGUCACAGACGCGCAGCGUUUGGUUGCGGAACUCAAAAAGCCACGAGUCUUGGUGACGGACCAGAAGCUAUCGGAUGCCUACGACAUCCUCACUCUGUUGGAGGAGCUGUUGAAGACCAAGCAGCCGAUCUUCAUCAUCGCUGACGACGUCACUGGCGAGGCUUUGCAGACGCUCGUGCUCAACAAGCAGCGUGGCAUCCUGGACGUCAUCGCUAUCAAGGCGCCAGCUUUCGGCGCGAGAAAGACGGCCAUCUUGCAGGAUUUGGCGCUGGCGACAGGUGCCGAGUUUAUCAACUCGGAGCUUGGCAUGACCUUGGCAGAUGCCACAGUGGCGCAGCUGGGCACCUGUGAGAAAGUUGUGGUGGAGAAGGAGAAGGCCGUCCUUGUGACUGAUGGCAGCCAUGCGGAUGCUGUUAAGGAGCGGAUUCAGCAGCUGGAGCAACAGCUGGAGGAAACCGACAGCAGCUAUGAUCAGGAGAAGAUCCAGGAACGCAUAGCCUCCCUCGGCGGCGGUGUGGCCAAGAUUAAGGUUGGCGGCGCUACCGAGACGGAGGUCAACGACAAGAAGCUUCGGUACACCGAUGCAAUCAGCGCUGUCCGCAGUGCCAAGGAGAUGGGCAUCGUUCCUGGCGGCGGCAGUGUGCUGAUGUACUUGACGGCUGAGAAGUUCCGGGAGAAAGUCCAGAAGGACCUCCGAACUGAAGACGAAAAGAAGGGAGCCGAGUUGGUCUUCAAAUCACUCCAGGCUCCUAUCAGGCAGAUUGCACGAAAUGCUGGAGAAGACCCCAGCGAGGUGGUCUUCAACGUGCGUGGCAAGGAUUUUGGGUACGGCUACAAUGCUGCAACCAAGGUCUAUCAGGACUUGCUGGAAGCGGGAGUGGUGGAUCCAGCCAAGGUGGUUAUCAACUCAGUGGUCAAUGCGGCUUCCAUUGCCGGCAUGGUCCUCACGACUGAUGCCAUCGUUACAGACCUGCCCACCACGCCUCCACCUACACCUGCCGGUGGUGGCAUGGGUGGAGGUAUGGGCGGCAUGGGCGGUAUGGGCGGAAUGUACUAG